UACUAAGAAGUUCACUUUAUUCUCUCGUCAAAAUCAAAAUACAUAAAAAUGGCGGUUAAGUUUGGCUCCACACCAGGGAAUGAAGCUGACGUGGCAGUGGUGUUGGUGCCUCUUCCAGCUCAGGGUCAUCUCAACCAGCUCCUCCACCUCUCCCGCCUCAUCUCCGCCCAAGGCAUCCCUGUACAUUAUGUCGGAUCCUCCACCUACAUCCACCAGGCCACGCCCUCGGUGUCAGAGAUUCAACCUCCGCCGCCGCCGGUUCUCGACACCACCACCAAAUUCCCUUCUCAUAUGAUGCCAGCGAUGCAUGCAACAAAGCAUCUCCACCGACCCCUUACUGAUCUAAUCUGUGGCAUGGCAGUUUCCAAGAGAAAGGUAGUCGUCAUUGCCGAUGAGUUUAUGGGUUGGGUGGUGCAUGAUUUGCCCGCCGUCGUACCCACGGCGGAGCUCUACCGUUUCCGUUGCCUCUCAGCUUUCUGCACCUCUUCUGACGCCUGGGAAGCUGCCGGAAAACCUGAAUUCGGGCAGGUACCUCAUGAAUCUCUGAACUUCUUGCCGUCGAAUGAGGGCUGUGUAUCGCCGGAGUUUGAGGAGUUCAUUGAAUUGCAGAGUGGGUGUUGGGGUUUAAGCUCGGGGGAUAUUCUGAAUUCCAACCGUGAAAUAGAAGGACCUUUCAUUGAUCUUCUCGCAAAGCUUUCAAAUAGAUCCCAGUUUGCUAUCGGCCCAUUCAACCCGAUUUCUCUCAGCAGCUCAAUCGACGGCACGAAUCGUCACAGAUGCCUGAAAUGGCUGGACGGGCAGGCAAAAGACUCUGUUUUGUUCGUAUCCUUUGGAACGACGACUUCACUUUCCGGCGACCAAAUAACAGAGCUGGCCGUGGGGCUGGAACAGAGCAUGCAGAAAUUCAUUUGGGUCCUCAGAUAUGGUGACGGUAGAGAAGUUAUGGUGAGGCCGGAGCUGCCGGAGGGGUACGAGGAAAGAACACGGGAAAGAGGGAUCGUGGUCCGGGACUGGGCCCCGCAGCUGGAGAUUCUCGGGCACGCGUCGACGGGCGGUUUCUUGAGCCAUUGCGGGUGGAAUUCGUGCAUGGAGAGUAUUUCGAUGGGAGUGCCGGUGGCGGCCUGGCCGGUGCACUCCGACCAGCCGAGGAACGCCACGCUGAUGACGCGUGGGCUGGGGAUCGGAAUCAGCUUGAUGGAUUGGGAACGGCGGGGUGAAGUAGUGAGACGGGAAGAAGUUGUGGAAGGUGUGAAGAAGCUGAUGGCGUCUGCAGACGGGGAUGAAAUGAGGCGGAACGCCGUCAAACUGAGUGAGAGCGUGAAAAAGUCAGUCACUUCCGGUGGCGGCGGCUACAACGAGUUUAAGUCCCUCAUUGCUCACAUCACGAGCUAGAUUUGUUUUUCAAUUUCAUGCAGAGUACUAGCAAGGUACUCGAUUGCGCUUUGAUUUUAAGACUAUCCUAAAGAAAUAAAGAGGAUGCGUAGAAAAAAUGUGUAAAAAAAAAGUGUACAAAUAACUUUUCUCAAGUAAUAAAGCAAUUCAAACUAGUUACAUUGCAUGAGGUGGUUGUUGGAAUGUAAUCAUAACAAUGUAC